ACGUCAAGAGGGGAGAGAGAUAGAGUCAUCUGCAGACCUGCUUCACCUCUCACGACGCUUUCCCCCUGCGGGUGGGGGCCGGGGACUCGAACUCGGGUUCAUGUGUUUGUUAACAGGUGCGCUGAGCCAGGUGCACCUCCUCCUGGAUCCCCAGUGAGUCAUUUCUCCCCAGGGCCUCCACCCGGUUCCCACAUGCAGGAUCCCCUUCACGGAGCCCUCAUCCGGGGCCAGUCCGCCUCACCCCGCACCCCCUUCCCAGUUGGGCCACGCCCCCGGAAGUGCCACCGAGACGCGCUGGCCUCCUGCGGUCCAAAGCGCCCCCCCCCCCCCCCCCAGCGGCUGUGGCGGCUCAGACCGCCGGAGCCGGGAUGGUCAUUGUCUUCUGGCGCAGUGAUGGAAGAGCUACUGGCCCAGGAAACAGCAGCGUUGCCCAGCAGGCAGUUCCAGGGUGUGGAGGCCCACUUGGGGCAUCUGUCUCCAGAGCCCCAGUUCGGGCAAGACACUGACAUGGAGCAGGGACUCACUGAGGGACUUCCAGUUACCAAGCCUGAGGGGAUCACCCAGCUCGAGCAAGAUCUACAGGUCUUUGAUCUGGAAAAUAAGAAUAGAGAAGCCUUAAGAGAUGACUGUUCAGAUGGAGAAACCAGAGAAGAAAACAAGCUGUUGCUUCCUAAGCAGAAAAAUUCGGAAGAACAUUUAUACAAAGUAAGAGUAGGAAGACUCAAAAGGGAUACUGUCCAGGUUCCUGAGACUAGAGAAGUGUGCAAACCCGAGGCUAGAUUAGAAAGACUUCAGGAAAUCCUAAGGAAAUUUCUUUUUCUAGAGAGAGAGUUUAGGCAAAUAACAAUCAGCAAGAGAACCUUUACUAGUGAGAAGAACAAUGAAUGUAAUGAGCCCGAAAAAAGCUUCAGUCUGGACUAUGCCUUUGACACUGAUCAGAGAGUUCUUAGAAUACAGAAUGCUGAUGAUGUUGACAAAUACGACAUGGGCUUCAACCAGAAUUCAACUGCUGCCAAACAUGAACAAGUAAAUCUAACACAGGAUUUUCAGAGUUGUGAGUAUAAGGAAACUCUAAUGGACCUCUCCCCCCUGAACAAAUGUGAAAGCGUCCCUGAGAAAUGCUAUAAAUGCGACACAUGUGAGAAAAUCUUCCAUCAGAGCUCAGCCCUUUCUAGACAUCAGAGAAUUCACACUAGAGAAAAACCCUACAAGUGUAAGGAAUGUGACAAAUCUUUCAGUCAGAGCUCAAGUCUUAGUCGGCAUAAAAGAAUACACUCUAGAGAGAAACCUUAUAAAUGUGAAGCAUCUGAUAAAUCCUGUGAAGCAUCUGAUAAAUCUUGUAGUCAGAGCUCAGACAUAAUCCAACAUAAGAGGAUUCACACUAGAGCAAAAUCUUACAAGUGUAACCAUUGUGAGAGAGUCUUCAGUCGUAGUGUACACCUUACUCAACAUCAGAAAAUUCACAGAGAGAAUUCUUGUAAGUGUACUGUAUGUGGCGGUGACUUUUAUCAUACCUCUUAUCUAGCUGAACAUCAAAAGACCCACUGUGAAGAGAAAUCCCAUGACUACAAUGAAUGUGGGUUGACCUUUGUUAAACAUCAGGGGACUCAUCUACGAGAGAAGCCCUACCAGUGUAAUGAAUGUGGAAGAGAUUUCAGAUUACAUUCCCAUCUUAUUCAGCAUCAAAGAAUUCACACAGGAGAGAAAUUACAUCAAUGUAGUGAAUGUGGAAAAGCUUUCAACCAAACCUCUUGCCUUAUUCAGCAUCACAAAAUCCACAGGAAAGAGAAAUCCUAUGAGUGUAAUGAUUAUGAGGGAAGCUUCAGUCAUAGCUCAGAUCUUGUCCUGCAGCAAGAUGACCUCAGCAGAGACAAAGCCUUUGACUGUGAUGCCUGGGAACAGAACCUUAGUCAGAAAGCACAUCUUGUUCAGCAUCAAAGAAUUCACACCAAAGAGAAACCUUAUGAAUGUAAUGAACAUGAAAAGACAUUUAGUUCAAUCCAGGCCUCAUUCAACAUCUGAGAGUUUACAGCAGGGACCAGUCAUGUAUGUAACCAAAAGUGGUAAAGCCUUCAGUUGUAAUAACAUUUUAUCAGCACCAGAGUAUCUCCAUCAAAGAGGAACCCUCAGAAUGUGAUGAAUGUAGGAAAGUUAUUAGCAUUAAACUCUUAAUUAACACCUGUAAACCCAUACCAAUGAGAAGCCUACAGAUAAAUUGAAUGUGGUAAGUGUCUCAUGCUGUUUUCAUCUUAGUCACCAUUGGGGAAUUCACACUGGAGUAAAACUCCAUCACUGUAAUGAAUGUGAAAAGUCCAUCAUCAAAGAAACUUGUUCAUCAAAUUGUUCCAUGCACAAAGCCUAUGAAUGUAAUAAAUGUGUUUAUAUGUGAGAAGAUUCAGUCAUAUCCCUCAUUCAAUAUUAAAGAGUCAUAUCCCAGGAAAAGUCAUUUGAGUAUAAAUGUGAUGGCAACUCCUUAUAGUUCUAAUCAUCUGAAUACCCAGACCAGAAAAUGACAUAAUGCAAAAGGAAAAGUUUACCACCGUAUUUCAGGCUUUACUUGACAUAAAAUUAGAAAAUUGUUAUUUGUAUAUGAAAUUGUUAAUAUAUUUUGUCUGAAUUUUUUUUUUUAUAGAAGAAUAAGUCUGAGGAGUGACAUGGUAAAUGCAUUGCUAUUUUUCUCAUGAUAUUUGAAAUUUUAACAUGAUAGUUUAAAGUAGGUAUGUAUACGUUAUUUAUGCUCACUUAAGUUCCAUUUUUUAUUUUAAUAUGGCCUUUAAGCAUUUUUAAAAUCCUGAAAUCCAUUUUUACUGUUCAUAGCUUUCCUAAGAUAUCAUUAGUUCAUCAGUGUUAAAAUGUGAAAUGUAAAAAAGUAGCUCAUGUAGUUUUUUUUUUUCUCCUAUUUUCAACCCGGAGUCUUUCCAAAACAGACACCUAGGCCUGUUCUUUUCUGAGGAAAAUGAGGCACUUAAUACUUUGUUCUUUUCCAAUCACAACACUUGAAUUUCUGUUAAUUUCCCCAUUUUCUUAAGCACUUUCAAAGGAGAAUUUAAGCUUUUCACUAGCAGGUAUGCAAACCCUACUUGAUGUUUUGAAGGAUCUUUUACUGCUUUUUCACAUCCUACCCAUCAUCCAGAAAUCUGAAAAAUUAUGUCCUCCCUCGCCCCUCCUUGAGCUUGUGGCAGUUGGCUAGGCAUUUUUAGGCAAUGCCCAAAUUCUUCACUGCCUAGUUUGCUUCUAUAGUCCUCUAGAAGAAAAGACUAUAAUAAGGCCAUCAGGCAACCAAUAGGACUCCUGGUGACCUAACUGCAUUUAGUAGCUGUUCUGUGUAUCUUAGGCUUAGACUUAUUUUAUGUAUUCCCAUUGAAGGCCAGUAAAGAUGGUUAGGUUUGGUCUGCUUUUGAUAGGGGAAAGCAAAGAACAUAAACUAAAUUGAGAGAACUUCAUAAGAAAAUGCAGCCUUCCAAUGAAGAUGACUUGUUUUAUGUAAUAUCUAUAGAGUAUUUCAAUAGAGUGGCAGGUUUAUUUCUUGUAAGAUUUUAACCAUUACAGUUACUUCUUUAUGUGUUUGAAUGUCUGACACUAGUCUCCCCUUCUUAACUCAGGACAAUAUUUGAAAUGUGAGGGUUUUGUGUAUUGUUGACUCAUCACAUUAAAAAAAAUUGUAUUAGUGUCCAUCGGCUGUAAAAAAGAAGAACUUUUUUCCCCCAUAAAAUCACACAUGUAGGCUCCAGAGUUCAGGGUCACUGUCAUAAUACCCAGCAAAAGUUCAUGAUUCUUUAGGUGAUGUCAUACUAAUUUAUUAUAUUCUACAUCUCAAGCUUCGUAACAUCUUGUGAGUAAAGUAUUAUUUAAAAUUAUAGUUGUGAUUCCAGCAGUUGAGGCCUUUGUAGUCAAACAUUAUACUGUACACUCAGUAAAUACACAAAAUGUUAUCUUUCUAUAAUCCUUUUAUGGCUAGUCUCUAGGAUAGUUCUACCAUGAUAUUUUACCUCUUGGCAUUAAGCAGGUAUUGGAUUUUGUCAGGGAAAGACAGAGAUCUAAAUGAAAUUUAUCUAAAUAUAGAAGCAAAUUAAAAAACACAUAUGGCUUUCCAUAUAUGACUAUGAAUACCCUUACAUAUCUAGAGACCAGCAGCCACCAUCAGUGAUAUUGAAACUAAGGAUUAAAUAAUCCUAAAUAUGUAAUAACCACAUGUAUGCAUUUUGUUUAGGAAUGUGCUUUUGUACUUUAAAUCAAAAGUGUACUAGGUACUUUUGAGAAUCUGUUCCAAAUAAAAUUUGAAGGCCUCAGAA